UGCAGUAUUUCUGCAGGGCUUCUUGCGGGUGACGUUUGUCUCCCCUCGUCUCCAGCGGUGGGAGGUUCUUCCUCUAAAGUUCAGCCUGCAGUCCUCCUCGCUCUUUGCAGGGCUCUAAAUCUGACUUUCCCUGGACCCUGUUCAAACCCGCACUGGACCGAGCCGAACCCUUCUGUCUGAGCUCUGGAAACUCUCUAUGAUGAGUGUAAGCACCAGUGACCUCUCUGAGCUGGUGGAGCUGUGGGAGGAGCUGAACCUGACUGCCGCCCCGUCCAAUCUGUCUCGAGUGGAGACCUUGAUGUGUUCUGGUGCCAUCAGCCACGCCACACUUCUCCACUUUCUCUCCAUCUUCUAUAUCUUCAUCUUCCUGGUGGGUCUGGCCUCCAAUGUCCUGGUGUUCUGGGUGAACCUGUGUCCUGACAGGAACCGGUACCAGUCUCACCUGUACGUGGUGAACCUUGCGGUGGCUGACCUGUGCGUGGUGCUGACCCUACCGGUCUGGGCGACAUCUCUGCUGCAGGGCGGACUCUGGCCGUUUGGAGAGGCUGUCUGCAAAGUCACCCAUCUGGUGUUUGGCGUCAACCUGUUCAGCAGCAUCUUCUUCCUCACCUGCAUGAGCGUUGACAACUACCUGUCCAUCACUCUGCUCCCCGGUGCCCUCAGCAGCAGUAGGAGAAAGAUGCUGCAGCAGCUGAUCUGUGCUCUGGUCUGGCUGCUGGCGUUGGUGGCGUCCAUCCCUGACACCUACUUCCUGCAGGCUGUAAGGUCUCCUUACCGUGACGGCACCGUGUGUCGACCCGUGUACCCGUCAGAAAACCCCAGGGACUGGAUAGUGGGAGUCCAGCUCAGCUUCUUCGUGCUUGGCUUUGCCAUCCCCUUUCCAAUCAUCGCCAUCUUCUACCUUCUCCUGGCAGCAUCCAUUGCUCCCAACCCGGACCAGGAGUACAGGAUCGGCCGGCGGAUUGUCCUGUCCUAUGUCCUGGUGUUCCUGGUUUGCUGGCUGCCGUUCCACGCUGUCCUGCUGUUGGACACUCUGACUCUGCUGAACGUCCUGCCCUUCACCUGCCGGCUGGAGAGCUUCCUGGAUGUGGCGCUGCACCUGACGCAGUGCUUCUCUUUGGUGCACUGCUGCGUGAACCCCAUCCUGUACAACUUCUUGCACCGAAACUACAGUUAUGACCUUAUGAAGGCCUUCAUCUUCCAGUACUCAGCCAGAACUGGGCUGGCUAGGCUCAUCGACAGCUCACAGACCUCAGAGACUGAGAACUCUGUAGUAAUGCUGGACCACAAUGAUCCGAUCUGAACCAUGCU